AUGUCGUUUUUCUUCUCGAGGACGCGCGCAAAGACAAACGGCGCUGACCUCGCCCGCCAGGCGAGGGAGCAUGUCACCAAGCUAGAGGGGCCGCAGGGGGCUACAAAGGCCGAGGAGCUCGCCAAGGUGCUGUCACAGAUGAAGCAGCUCUUGCAGGGCACCCACGACCAAGAAGCAAACCCCGACCAAAUCUUCCAACUCGUCAACGGCCUGAUCGAAGAAGACCUCCUCUACCUCCUCGCCGUCAACCUCUACCGCCUGCCUUUCGAAUCCCGCAAAGACACCCAAGUCAUCUUCUCCUACGUCUUCCGCUUCCGGCCCCCCAACCACCUCCUCGCGCACACCAGCAGCCAGCACUACCACGCCGCGCCGCAGCGCCCCGAGCCCUAUGCGCUGGCGUACGUGGUGGAGAGACGUCCCCAGGUGCUGAUCGAGCUGUGCAGGGGGUAUGAUCACAAGGAGAGUGCCACGCCAGCGGGGACCGUGUUGAGGGAGGUGAUCAAGAAUGAGGCAGCGGCUGCCGUGAUACUGUAUGAUGACGGCGAGGAGCCGGGGAGUAGUGUGCGAGGUGUGCAGGCAAUUGAUUGGAAUCGGCAGCAGAGCGGGAAGGGCGUGUUCUGGCAGUUUUUUGAGUGGAUUGAUAAGAGUAGUUUUGAGGUUAGCGCGGAUGCGUUUACUACGUUCCGGGAACUGCUCACCAAGCACAAGGAACUCGUCCCUCGCUACCUAGCCACCAACUUCGAGCUCUUCUUCAGCAAAUACAACACCAUCUUGGUCCAAUCCAACAGCUACGUGACCAAGCGCCAAUCCAUCAAGCUCCUCGGCGAGAUCCUGCUCGACCGCUCCAACUACAACGUCAUGACCGCCUACGUGGACCGCGGCGAGCACCUCAAGAUCUGCAUGAACCUGCUGCGCGACGACCGCAAGAUGGUACAGUACGAGGGCUUCCACGUCUUUAAAGUCUUUGUGGCCAACCCCAAUAAGUCGAUCCCCGUGCAGAAGAUCUUGAUUAUGAACAGGGAGAAGCUGUUGCAUUUCUUGUCGCAUUUUCUGGAGGAUCGGACCGAUGAUGAGCAGUUUAUUGAUGAGCGGGAGUUUUUGAUCAAGCAGAUUCGGAACAUGCCGCCUGCGCCGGUGCCGCCGUCGCAAAGGUGA